AUGGAAAAUCCAAAUUGUGUUUCGAAUGACUUUAAUGACAUUAUUGAUCCAACUUACGGCAUAUCUGACCUUCAAAUCUACCUAAAUGAACAAUUGAGCCAACGGAUAAUGUUUCUUGAUGGUGCCAUGGGUACUGUUAUUCAAGAAUUACGUUUAACUGAACAAGACUUUCGGGGAGAGCUAUUUAAGGAUCAUCCUAAUGACCUUAAAGGAAACAAUGACAUUCUGGCGUUGACGCAACCAGAAAAAAUUAAACAAAUUCACAUUCAUUAUUUGGAAGCAGGAUCAGACUUUGUCGAAACAAAUACCUUUAGUAGUACUUGUAUUAGUCAAGCUGAUUAUGCUUGUGAAAAGUUUGUAUAUCAAUUAAAUAAAGAAGCUGCUAGGCUGGCUAAAGAAGCUUGUAUGGAGGUUACAGCAAGAGAUCCAACUAAACCAAGAUUUGUCUGUGGUGCACUGGGUCCAACAAAUAGAACUUGUUCAAUUUCCCCUUCUGUUGAAAACCCUUCUUAUCGUAAUGUUACAUUCGAUGAGCUUGUCGAUGCAUAUACUGAACAAGUUAGAGGUCUUCUGGAUGGUGGUGCUGAUAUUUUAUUAGUGGAAACAAUUUUUGAUACUUUGAAUGCUAAAGCCUUUGUGGUCAGUGUCAGUCACUCUCAUCCUUCAGCCAUCGGGUUAAAUUGCGCCUUAGGGGCUGAACAAAUGCGCCCUUUUAUUCAAAAUAUUGCAAAUUUUACAAGCACAUUUGUAAUUUGUUAUCCUAACGCGGGUCUUCCAAACACGUUUGGUGAAUAUGAUGAGUCUCCCUCGAUGAUGGCCGCAAAAGUUCACGAAUUUGCUCGAGAUGGUUUGGUUAAUAUAAUGGGCGGUUGUUGUGGUACUACGCCCGCUCACAUAAAAGCCGUCGUUGAUGCUUGUUCUCAUUACAAGCCUCGAGUUCCACCACCUGAUGUUCGUUUGGAAAAUAUGUUAAUAUCUGGUCUGGAAGUCUUGAAAAUUAACAAAGAAUCCAACUUUGUUAAUUUAGGUGAAAGGUGUAAUGUAGCAGGUUCAAGAAAAUUCUGUCGUCAUAUUCUUAACAGUGAAUAUGAGGAGGCUAUGACAAUUGCAAGAGCUCAAGUUGAAAAUGGUGCUCAAGUUAUUGAUGUUAAUAUGGAUGAAGGAAUGUUGGAUGGGAAAGCUGCGAUGACUAAAUUUUUGAAUUUAAUUUCUUGCGAUCCUGAUGUUGCUAAGGUCCCUAUUAUGGUAGACUCUUCAAAUUUUGAUGUUAUAUUGGCUGGAUUAAAAUGUGCACAAGGAAAGUGCAUAGUUAAUAGUAUCAGUUUGAAGGAAGGUGAAGCCGAUUUUAUUAAAAAGGCAAAGAUUAUUCGAAGAUUUGGUGCUGCUGUUGUUUGUAUGGCUUUUGAUGAAAUGGGUCAGGCUGAUUUAAAAGAUCGUAAAGUGGAAAUAUGCACCAGAUCGUAUAAGAUCUUGACAGAAAAAGUUGGAUUUAAUCCUAAUGAUAUUAUUUUUGAUCCGAAUAUCCUGACAAUUUGCACGGGUAUGGAAGAACAUAACAAUUACGCUGUAGAAUUUAUCGAAGCUACUAGAGUAAUAAAACAAACAUUACCUGAUCCUGAUGUCACUGAAAAAAUUUUAGCAUAUGCGCAAAAAUUUGGAAAAGGUGCCAAAAAAGAUGAUACUGAAGAAGAAUGGAGGAAGAAUGAUGUACAAUCGAGAAUUUCUUAUGCUUUGGUUAAAGGUGUCGUAAAGUAUAUAAUCGAGGAUACUGAGGAAGCGAGACAACUGGUUGCUAAUUUUGCAGCUAACGGAGGUGAAGGAAUAGAUACUGGUCCACAACAUGCUGGUGUUGUAGUUUUAGCUACAGUGAAAGGAGAUGUUCAUGAUAUUGGCAAAAACAUAGUUGGUGUCGUACUUGGUUGUAAUAAUUAUAAGGUUAUAGAUUUAGGCGUAAUGACUCCAUGCGAAAAAAUUAUUGAAACUGCUCUUAAUGAGAAAGCAGAUAUUAUUGGUCUGUCAGGAUUGAUUACACCAUCCUUAGAUGAAAUGAUACAUGUUGCUAGAGAAAUGGAAAGACGUGGCUUAAACAUUCCAUUAUUGAUUGGUGGUGCAACAACAUCCAAGGCUCAUACAGCUGUAAAAAUUUCACCAAGAUAUACUCAACCAACAAUCCAUGUAUUAGAUGCUUCAAGGAGUGUUGUUGUGGUAUCAAGUCUUUUAGAUGCCAAGUUGAAAGAUGACUUUUGGGAAGAUAUAGCAGAAGAAUAUGAAGAAAUUCGGGAAGACCAUUAUUCUUCAUUAAAAGAUAAAAAGCAUUUGCCAUUAAAAGCCGCUAGAGAGCAACGAUUUAAGAUAGAUUGGAAAACCCAAGCAUCACCAGUAAAGCCGUCGUUCAUUGGGAAGAAAGUGAUUAAUGAAUAUGAUCUGAAACGAAUUUCCGAGUAUAUUGACUGGAAUCCGUUCUUCCAAGCGCGGAAGCAAAAAAUUUAUACGAAGAAGCAUAAAAAGAUUAUUGAUGAAAAGUUGUUUGUUGCUAAGGGAAUUGUGGGACUUUACCCCGAAACUGGCGAUCCAUACUUUUGCCUUUCCGAUUUUAUUGCGCCUAAAGAUUCCGGCAUAUCAGAUUAUCUAGGCUUAUUUGCUGUAGGAAUAUUUGGAGCCGAAGAAUUGUGCCAAAAAUUCCAGGAAGAUCACGAUGAUUAUAAUGUAAUCAUGACAAAGGCAAUUGCAGAUAGAUUUGCGGAAGGAUUUGCGGAGUGCUUACAUGAAGAUAUACGGAGAGAAUUGUGGGGAUUUAGUCCAAAUGAAGACUUAUCAUUAGGAGAUAUGUUAAGUGUUAAAUAUCAGGGAAUUCGGCCUGCUCCUGCAUAUCCGUCACAACCUGACCAUCGUGAAAAAAUCACAAUGUGGAAGUUAAUGGACGUUUAUGAAGAAACUGGAAUUGAGUUGACUGAUGGAUUAGCUAUGUUACCUGCCGCUAGCGUAUCAGUAUUCGCAAAUCCUGAAUCGCAGUAUUUCGCAGUUGGAAAAAUUGAAAAAGAUCAGGAAAUACGAGAGAAAAUCAAGCAACUCAAUUUAGACAAUUGCCGCGUUCUUGUCACCAACGUGGACAGUCAGUCAUCUCUUAAUGGCGGGAUAGUUGUUCAAGUUCUUGGUGAAAUGAGUAAUGGGAACGAAGAGACUUCUAGGAAGUUUGCUCAAACUUUCUUCCUUGCCGAGCAACCUAACGGAUAUUACGUAUUGAAUGAUAUUUUUCGAUUUCUGAAUGAAGAUGAUGAUGUAAUUUCUGAAUGUGAUGAGGUCGAUGAAGGGGCCAUCGAAGAGUCGGUGGGAAACGAAGGAGGCGAGGAAGAUAUAGGUUCAUCACCCACCGGCACUCUUGUUGAAGAACCGAUUAAUGUCCCCACUAUAAUCGAAGGAGAAAAUGCCGUUGCACAUACGCGUGAACCUAUUGCGUCAGAUGUAACAAAUAGCACUCCAAACACCAACGAAACCGAAUCUGUCCCCAGUGCACCUUUACCAUUAAUGUCAGCAUCUACCUCUGAAGGGCAACAAAUUAAUUCAUCUUUGGUAGCGUCAAAUGACACGUUAAACGCUUCCUCUGAUAAAUCUCAGGCCACUCAAAUUGCAGUCGGUUCACCCUCAGUUCACGCGAACAAGAAUCCGGUUACGAAUGUGGCGGUUAAUAUUCAGCCGGUUUAUCCGAAUAGAACACCGGUUCCUAACAUCAUGCCCUUUACAACUCAAGUAUCGCCACCUUAUAUUAAUCAACAACCAGUUCCUACGAUGAUUAAUGGGCCAUCAUCUCAAAAUAUGAAACAACCUACCAAUGGUCAAAUUGGUAAUGCAUCUCCUACUUACGCUCAACGUUCGAAUACGCCCAGACCACAAACAGUUGGAAGUGGCCCAGCAUAUACUCAGGCAUCAAGUUCUAGAACACAAACGACUGGCAAUGGUCCAGCAUUUGCGCAACAAUUACAAAUCCCUAAAGUUGCGUCGCAAGCAGUUCCACAUACUGUAAACGGUUUGCAUACAUCAGCUCCUCGAUCAACCUCUCCGGUUUCUCAAAGAUCUGUUUCUCCAGUUGGGAAUGAUCAUAAAUCAUCUUUAAAUAUUGUCAACGGUGAGCCCGGAGUUGUCAAUCAACCUCAUGAAAACGGGCAAUCUACUGUUACCAAACCAGCGGGCAAUGUUUCGGAUAAUCCUGAAGCUCCUUCUGUGAAGCCGGCAUCAACUGUUGUAAAUAGUGAAAACCUUUCUAAAUCAACAUCUAAUGUCGCUAGUGGAGAAUCUACUUCUGUGAAAUCAGCAGUUAACGGCGAGCCAGUCACGCACGCAAAUGUUCAAAGCGGCUCUGACUCUAAGAAAAUCGGUAUUGCUACAACUAACCCCGCUAACGUAAAAGAUGAGUCGACAGUUAAUGCCGUUCAGGCUUCCGGCACAAAUCAACAAGCCACACAACCAGCACCAAAGCCACAAGGGCCCCAAACUUGGGCAAGCACCCUCUUCAAAAGUGGUGGUAAUACGCAAACCGAGUCCAAGCCCCAAAGUGUUCCUGCAACACUUCCUGCACAAAAGGUACAACAAAAACCGGCACCUCAAAGUUCGCAUCCACCUCAACAACAAACCCGGGAAAACAGAAACUUUCGCCAGGAAGGACUAAAAGGAAACAAUCGCCGUAACAGUG